GUGCCCGACCCGCGCACACCGCACAGGCACACAUCCCAGUUCAUCCUGUCCUUCGGAGCUAACGAAGUUCACACACACGAUGGCUGACAACGACACCGCCGUUGAGAAGAAGCGCGGACGCCCCAAGAAGGCCGAGACUGGUGAAAAAAGACCGAAGGAGGAUGCGUCUGCCGAUGCACCGAAGGCUAAGCGAGGCCGUGGCCGCCCUAAGGGUAGCAGCAAAAAGGGAAAGAAGACUGCCACCAAGGCGGCUGCAGGCGCCAAGAAGGGCGCCGGACGCGGACGGCCUCGGAAGUCGGCCGCAGCCGAAGCCGACAAGGACACCGGAAGUGACGAUGCUGGGGAGGGAUCCGACUAAAGGACUGCUGCUGUUGCUGCAUUCAUCUGUCAUUAUUUCGUAGGUCACUCAUUGAGGGCAGCGGGGGGGGGGGGGGUACUUUGACGAGCAAGUCGCAUCGUACAAGGACUCAUCUCAUUUUUUUUAAUGGGUUUUUCCCCCCGUUAACCCAUUUUUUUAACAUUGUGUAGAUUUGUCUCCCCCGCCAUUUUGUGAACCAUGUGCUGCAGACAUGCUUACCCAUUCAUGUCCGAGAGAAAGGCAUGUGCUGCCCACCCACCCUUUAUCGCUGCAUAUUCCCAUCGUUUUUAUUUGUCAUUAAAUUUCAGUUGAAAUAAAAAGCACCAAGUCUUUUCAUGUA